GCUCAUCUUCAGAGCUCGUGGUCAAAAAGAAAGCAUUUGCCAAGGUAGGAGACACGAGCGGCUCGGGAAAUAGUACGAGUGAACCGCAGAGAGCACCAGUCCCUGCGACUUCUACGUGACACAGCGAGCACACUAUCAAUCGUCAAAUGCUGGAGCGUAGCAGUGCCUACUAGUGUAAAAAUAAAUAUAAAGAACUCUCCUAUAAACAAGGAAAAGAAAGACAUUUCUUCAUCUGUUUCUUUCACUCCAUCGAGGCCAAAUAGAGUAUGACAGUGGAUAAGGGAUUUGCUCUGGAUCAGGGUGGUGCUGCGCGGCAGCAAGUGCUCUCCGGGACGAGUGGAUCUGAAAUACUUGUGGCGAAGAGCAAGAGCAAUCGUCAGGCCGAGGAUACGGAUUCCCGUUCUUUCAUCAGCAGCAGCAGCGGGACGCGCGAAGCAACAAGUACUAUACGGCGUCAGAGCAAGAACCUGGAGACACACAUCGAAAUAAAUGGAAAAGACAUGCCAGAAAAAACACCAAAACAGGACGAGGAUGAUGAGGAAGAAGUUUUCAUGCCGUGGGCCAAUCCAGAGCAGCUGGAGAGAAACUUUGAGGAUCAGUUUACCAAUGUCCGACCCGGAGAGGAUGUAUCCAUCACGAUCAUACGCGAGGGAGACGUGGAAACGACGUACGUCUGGUCUCUUGAUUUUUCAAAUUUUCCUGCGCUUCGCACGAGAGAGUGCCCUUUUGUUCUUCAGUUUUGAAGAAAUAGGAAGUACUUAUAUCAAUAUCUUUUCUUCUGUGAUGACACGAACACCUUCGCGGUUCUUUCCGACAUAUGUCCAUGUGCCUAAAAGCUCUCUUUCAUACAUUAUUAGUACGUAGCCUGUUGUUCUUCCCACCGACCAACUUACGUGAACGGCAGGUACCAAGUCCUCGUACCUCCCUGCGUGAGCGUGCGGGAGUUGAAGCUCGCGGUUACUGCUGAAACGGGUGGUGUAGUUCCUUUCGAGUCACAGGACUUUUUUCGCACGCAAGGGCAAGCGCACCCGCUACCAGACGAAGAAGUGUUACGCUUCUCCGAAAACGACUUGUUGGUGCUUCGAACACGAAUCAUCGACGCCUCCGAACUCGCUACAAUCGCGAAAAAGAAAAAGACCGCAAAGUGCUCCAUCAUGUGAUCAUACUGGCUUCUGCAGCAUCCUGCAACCAUCUCAACAAAUUUUCAUGGCGGCCAUCCAUCUUCAUAAUUUUGUUUGUGCGGCUCGCGGUUUUCGUUUUUGUUUCAACGUCGAACAUGGACUACACUGUAUGCAAAUCAUAUGAAGUCGGCUUCUCGUUGUACUAACUUUACAGAGUAGAAACAAGAUUUGAAAUAAAGAAGAAA